AUGGCCGACCCUUUUGAGGUCCGCAUGCGCUUUACUUCACAGCUGCAACAUCUCAACGCGUCGGUCACUUCAGCGCAAAAGGCUGCCCAGUAUGCGCUCAAAUAUAAAGACAUGGAUGAGGAUCUUCACUCAUGCAUACUCGAGCAGCUCGAGCGGAAUAACAUGAACACGAGAGCCAACAUCAUGUACUUCAUUGAGCAUUUUCUUGAGAUGGCUCAGAAGGACGGCCAUGUCGAUUAUGUUCGGAUGAUGCAGCGAGACAUCAUCCGCGUCGUUGACGCCGUCGCUCCGGAUGAUGGUACAGGCGCCGCUAACGUCAAGGUGGUUCGAAAGGUUCUCCAAGGUCUUCAACAUAAAAGCUUUCUGCAAGCUCAGACUGUCACUGAGAUUGACGAGAUUCUCAGAGAGCGUGACACCUCAACUCACGACGUGAGCAUGUCUUCGCCGGUCAACGGCGAUGCUAACCUAGGCGACAUGCCACCAUCCCAGACCAUCCCGAAGCCCAACCGUGGUCCAGCUCCGCAGCGUCUAGACAAAAAGCAGAUCGAGCAGCGCAUCGAGGAGGAUCGCGAACGCCACAAGAGACUCCGUGAGAGUAUCUGGGCCGUCCCCACAGAUCCCAAAGAUGCCGAGAUGUGGAAGCUUUUUGAGGAAACGAGUGACCUUGGUGACGAUGAUUAUCUCAUGGCCGAAGAGGAAGAGGCAGAGCGUCAAAGGUGUCUGCAACAGAGUUGCCCUCAUCGUCAAGGCGAUCCCGAGGGCCAUGCCCCGAAUGGCAAAAGCUCCCACUGA